CUCAAAGUCCCAUCCUGGCUAUGGCUCCCGGAGAGAAGAUCAAAGCCAAAAUCAAGAGGAAUCUGCCCGUGACAGGGCCCCAGGCGCCGACCAUUAAAGAGCUGAUGCGGUGGUACUGCCUCAACACCAACACUCACGGCUGCCGCCGCAUCGUGGUGUCCCGCGGCCGCCUGCGCCGCCUGCUCUGGAUUGGGUUUACGCUGACUGCCGUGGCCCUCAUCUUCUGGCAGUGCGCCCUCCUCGUCUUCUCCUUCUACACCGUCUCUGUCUCCAUCAAGGUCCACUUUGAGAAGCUGGAUUUCCCGGCAGUCACCAUCUGCAACAUCAACCCCUACAAGUACAGUGCUGUGCGCCACCUUCUAGCUGACUUGGAACAGGAGACCAGAGAGGCCCUGACAUCCUUGUACGGCUUUUCAGAGAUUAAGUCUCGGAAACGCCGAGAGGCAGAGACCUGGGAUCCAGCCGCGGAAGGCACUCAGCCCAAAUUCCUCCACAAGUUCCCACUGCUGUUGUUCGAUCAGGAUGAGAAAGGCAAGGCCAGGGACUUCUUCACAGGGCAGAAGCGGAAAGUCAGUGGGAGCAUCAUUCACAAGGCUUCCAAUGUCAUGCAUGUCCACGAGUCCAAGCAGGUGGUGGGAUUCCAACUGUGUCCAAAUGACAGCUCUGACUGUGCCACCUACACCUUCAGCUCGGGGGUCAAUGCCAUUCAGGAGUGGUAUAAGCUACACUACAUGAACAUCAUGGCACAGGUGCCUCUGGAGAAGAAAAUCAACAUGAGCUACUCUGCCGAGGAGCUGCUGGUUACCUGCUUCUUUGAUGGAGUGUCCUGUGAUGCCAGAAACUUCACACUUUUCCACCAUCCAAUGCAUGGGAAUUGCUACUCGUUCAACAACAGAAAAAAUGAGACCACCCUCAGUACCUCCAUGGGGGGCAGUGAAUAUGGACUUCAAGUCAUCUUGUACAUAAAUGAAGAGGAAUACAACCCAUUCCUGGUGUCCUCUACUGGAGCUAAGGUGAUUAUCCAUCAGCAGAAUGAAUACCCCUUCAUCGAAGACCUGGGAACAGAGAUUGAGUCAGCAAUGGCCACCUCCAUUGGAAUGCACCUGACGGAGUCCUUCAAGCUCAGUAAGCCCUACAGUCAGUGCACGGAGGACGGGAGCGACGUGCCAAUCAAGAACAUCUACAAUGCUGUCUACUCCCUUCAGAUCUGUCUUCACUCGUGCUUCCAGACAAAGAUGGUGGAGAAAUGUGGGUGUGCCCAGUACAGCCAGCCUCUACCUCCGGCAGCCAACUACUGCAACUACCAGCAGCACCCCAACUGGAUGUAUUGCUACUACCAACUGCACCGAGACUUUGUCCAGGAAAAGCUGGGCUGCCAGUCAGUGUGCCGGGAAGCCUGCAGCUUUAAGGAGUGGACACUAACAACCAGCCUGGCACAAUGGCCAUCUGAGGUUUCGGAGAAAUGGUUGCUGCCUGUUCUCACUUGGGACCAAGGCCAGCAGAUAAACAAGAAGCUCAACAAGACAGAUUUGGCCAAACUCUUGAUAUUCUACAAAGACCUGAACCAGAGAUCCAUCGUGGAGAGUCCAGCCAACAGUAUCGAGAUGCUCCUGUCCAACUUCGGAGGCCAGCUGGGCCUGUGGAUGAGCUGCUCGGUCGUCUGUGUCAUCGAGAUCAUUGAGGUCUUCUUCAUCGACUCCCUCUCUAUCAUUGCCCGCCGCCAGUGGCAGAAAGCCAAGGAGUGGUGGAGCCGGAGGCAGGCUCUCCCCUGCCCCGAGGCUCCCUCCAGCCCAAGGGGCCAGGACAAUCCAGCCCUGGAUAUAGACGAUGACCUGCCUACUUUCACCUCUGCUUUGCACAUGCCUCCAGCUCCAGGAUCCCAGGUGCCUGGCACACCACCCCCCAGAUACAAUACCUUGCGCUUGGAGAGGGCCUUCUCCAACCAGCUCACAGAUACCCAGGUGCCAGACGAGCACUGAGGCAGAGUUUAGAAGAAAGAUCUAGUCAGGACCACCAGCCAUGGUUUGAGGACUUAGACCCGGUCUCCCAGACAUGGAGGGCCCUCUGCCCUCACCCGCUCUGGGCUUUUCAAGGACACUGACUAAAAGCCUGCUUUGAACAACGAGAUGGUACCGAGGCAUGUGCAGGAAGACCCGUUGGGCACUACCCAGCAAUACAUGCAACUGUCCAGGAUGAGAUA